AUGGCGCAUGUACUUAUUUCACAGCUAUCAUUUGGAGAUUCAAACAAAAGAAUCCAUGCAAGGGUCUCCAGGCUAUGGAACUUUACUGAUCUCAACGAUGAUACAAAAAUUUUCCACACUGAUCUUGUCUUACUCGAUGAAAUAGGGACUAGCAUACAUGCCCAAAUUUAUCCCCCUAUAACAGAAAAGAUGAAACCUCUCCUUAAGGAAGAAAAGGUUUACUACAUUGACUCAUUCACUAUUAGGGCUGCAAACAGAACAUACAGGCCAGUUGCAAACAACCUAAUGAUCCUCUUCAGUAAAUGGACAACACUUGAAGAACACAUUAAUGUCCCUCCUCAUUUCCCUAGUAUUACAUUUUCACUGACACCAUUUGAAGAUGUUCCUUCGCUUGUCGAGAAGAAUUCAUUCUACGUUGACAUUAUGGGUGUGAUCACUGAAGUUGGUGCAGUCACUACUAUACGUCCUAAGUCCAGAAACGCUGAGAGCCUAAAAAGGACAUUACAGAUCCGCGAUGCAAGUAAUUCGACUCUUCCUGUCACACUCUAG